CUUUUUCUGAAUUGUUAUAUGGUGACGACAUUGACAAUAUUACCAUAAUGUCUGACGUCGAAGUAUGACUGAACUUUUGUUUUCUCUAUAUGAAGAAGUCAAAUGAGACCCUUCCAUCCAGCUCGUAACCAUGAGAAGAAGGUGCAGUGGCUGGGACUAUGGAUGUUAACACAGCCCUACAGGAAGUCCUCAAGUUGGCUUUAAUACAUGAUGGUUUAGCACGUGGCCUUCAUGAAGCAGCAAAAGCUUUGGACAAGCGUCAAGCUCAUCUCUGUGUUCUGGCAACAAAUUGUGAUGAAGCAAUGUAUAUCAAAUUAGUAGAAGCUCUCUGUGCUGAGCAUCAGAUUAAUCUUAUCAAGGUGGACAGUAACAAGAAGCUUGGGGAGUGGGCUGGACUUUGUAAAAUUGAUAAGGAAGGCAAGGCUAGGAAGAUAGUUGGAUGCAGCUGUGUCGUAGUGAAGGUAGGUAAAAAAGUACUAUUCCUAGUAGCAUGUAGGUUUCUGUGUAAUGUCUAUCAAUAAACAGUGGUUUAAAAU